UGAGGCUACCCACAGCAAAUAAAAGCACCUUCACUCCCAAAACACACCCUUCGUGAUCUUCAUUUUGUCUGAGAGAAGAGAGAGAAAAACAACUCUACUACUCCAGAACCAAAAUUAGGGCACAAAAAUGGAUCCAGAUGCAGUAGCAAAGGCAUUCGUUGAGCAUUACUACUCCACAUUCGAUUCUAAUCGUCCAGGAUUAGCGAAUUUGUACCAGGAUUCAUCCAUGUUGACCUUCGAAGGCCAGAAGAUUCAAGGUACUCAAGCCAUUACUGCUAAGCUCACUGGCCUUCCUUUUCAGCAGUGUCAACACUCCAUCUCUACCGUCGAUUGUCAGCCUUCCGGUACCGGCGGCAUGCUUGUUUUCGUCUCUGGUAACCUCCAACUCGCCGGCGAACAACACGUUCUCAAAUUCAGUCAGAUGUUCCAUUUGAUGCCAACACCACAGGGAAGCUUUUACGUGCAGAAUGACAUAUUCCGGUUGAACUAUGCUUAGAUACAGUGAUAAGGCUCAGUUUGUCAACAAGGGUCGAAGAAAUGUGUGGUCUUUGAUUGUCCAAGAUUGGUGAUUACUAUGUUGUAGUUCCAUAACUCUUUGGAAACUGGAAUUAUUUUUGGCUGGUCAUGUUUAAUCAUUGUCUGAAUUUGCUUGUUACAUUUGUCUUUAAAAAUUUGGAUUCUGGCAUUUGUAUGGGCAGUCUUUGGAUGUUACGCUGAACAAACACCUCCAUUCUUCAAAAUUACAUAUACCAGAGCUAUUUUUUAAA